UAUUAGUUCAACCCAAAGCAAUCAUUCCUUUCUACAUUCUCUCAUUUCUUCCCCCCUCCAAGUCUUCUUCUGCAUUGCACAACAAUGCUCUCAUUGAUGCGAACAUCAUCGUCAUCAUCAUGAACCCUCGAUAUCAUGUAAUGUCACAUUUAGGCGAAGAUAACAACAAUGGCACCGCACGGUCUCCCCCGGCUGUGUUCUUGGCGAGAACUGCUGUGAGAAUAUCAAGAGCAAGAUGGUUUAGUUUUUUGAGGCGAGUGUUUAGGUACCAAAAUGGAUCGAGGUCGGAUGUUAUGUCUAACCCAUUUAACUCGAAGUCAUGGAUUUUGUUGGAGUUUAUUGUUUUGAUAGUGCAAAUUGUUGUGAUCACUUUGGUUAUUGUGAUUUCUCAUUCCGAGAAGCCUAUUUGGCCUCUUAGAAUUUGGAUUGCUGGUUAUAAUCUCGGCAAUCUUCUUAGCUUGCCUCUUCUUUAUUGGCGAUACCAUUGCCUGUCUCGUGGCGGAGAUAUCUCUGACACUGAACAACAAAGAAGGAAUAACACCGAAGAAUCAAGGAGUGCACACAUGAUGAAUAAAUCAAGGACACUCUUGGAGCUAUUUUUUGCUAUAUGGUUUGUGAUGGGUAACGUGUGGAUCUUCGACACACGAUAUCGGUCAUUCACACGAGCGCCAAGGCUGCACUCGCUAUGCAUAUCGUUGCUCGCAUGGAACGCGAUCGGCUAUUCUUUUCCUUUUCUUUUGUUCAUCUUGCUUUGCUGUUUUGUGCCUUUGUUAAGCCGAGCAGUUGGCUUCAACAUGAACUCCGCAUCAGAAGGAAGAGGUGCUUCUGAUGAUCAAAUUUCACAUUUGCCUCAAUGGAGAUACAAAGAUGUUGAAGCCAACAAUGUUCAGCAUUCUCACCAAAAUUCAGAAUGUUGUAUAUGUCUAGCAAAAUACAUUGACAAAGAAGAAGUGAGACAAUUGCCAUGUCUUCAUCUAUUCCAUCAAAGAUGUGUUGAUCAAUGGCUAAGGAUCAUUUCCUCAUGCCCUCUUUGUAAGCAGGACAUUGACAAAUAAAAUUAAUAUACAUGAGCAUCACAUUUCAUUUA